AUGGGGAACCAUCUACAGAGGGAAAACAGUUUUAGGUGGCAGCGGGACACUCAAGAAAUGCCUUGGAAACUCAGACUUCAAAACACCAAGCAGAGAACAUCCAGAUGCUGGGAUUGCCACGACACAGAAGAGUGUUUCUGCCUCCCGUGGAAAAAAUUAUGUGUUUUUAAAGCAAGGCAAGAUUCCCAAAAGAAAAAUGAAGGAAUGACACCUACUCCUAUCCAGGACCGUGCUAAUCAGACCCACACGGAGGAGCUCUGCUAUGUCCUUAUCCAUCAUCACAAGGACCAGGGAAGAAGGCCUUCAGGGACUUCUGCUGAGGUGUACUAUGAGAAUGUUUCCUGCAAGGCUGAAAGACCCAAAGAGUCUUUGGGAGGAACAGAGACUGAGUAUUCACUUCUCCGUGUGCCCUCCACUCCUAGGCAACCCCCUUCCCCAGAAGAUGAAUAUGAGCUUCUCAUGCCGAGCACAAUCUCCUCUCCCUCCCUGAAGCAGCCACACGUACUUCCCUCCCCUUUUGAGACACAGUUUUCCCUUUUACAAUGA